AGAAGAACUAUCCAGAGUCUUUACAGUCUACAACACACUCCUAAAUUCUCCGAAGCGAAGCAAACUAUAGUAGCUAGGAAUCGCCAAAGAUGAGCCGACAUCCUUCAGUGAAAUGGGCCCAGAGGUCAGAUGCAGUCUUCAUAACUAUUGAGCUUCCUGAUGCACAGGAUGUGAAGCUUAAACUGGAGCCUGAAGGAAAUUUUUUCUUCUCUGCCACUAGUGGAGUGGACAAGAUUCCCUAUGAAGUUGACAUGGAUCUGCAUGACAAAGUUGACAUUGAUGGAAGCAAGGCUAGUGUUGGCAAGAGAAAUAUCUGUUACCUUGUGAAAAAGGCUGAGAAAAAGUGGUGGAGCAGAUUGCUGAAACAGGAAGGGAAACCUCCUGUGUUUUUGAAAGUUGAUUGGGAUAGAUGGGUUGAUGAAGAAGAGGAGGAUCAGGUUCAGGACAAUAAGGUUGGACCCGAUAUGGACUUUGGUGACUUUGACUUUUCUAAGCUGAACAUGGGUGGUAGUGAAGGCUUUGGUGCUGCUGAAGGUGAGGAUGAUGAUGAUAGUGAUACAGAAGAGGAAAAUGUGGAAGAAGUACCACCUUUGAAGAAAGAUGCCGCUUCAUCUGGUGCUGAACUAGGGCUGUAAACGAGCCGAGCCAAGCCGAAUAGUGAGAAGCUCGAGCUCGAGCUCGACUCACA